CAGAAGAUUUUUUUGUGGUAGCCUACUUUUUACUCCCUCCGGGACAUUUGAGAGUCCUUAUCCUUUGAAUUAUCCAGAGAGAGCAGAUUGUUUGUGGGAAAUACAAGCAGCAAAUAAUUUUCGCAUUAUGCUGACAUUCGAAAGUGUUCAGUUGCUGGGUGGAUGCCUGUAUGACUAUAUUGAGAUCUAUGAUGGGCCACCCAAUACUUCACCUCUACUUGGAAGAAUUUGUUCUACUUCUAAACUCACAUACAGGUCAUCCUCGAACUUCAUGACUGUCAAGUUUUAUGGUGACUCCAAAUAUUCCAAUGGAAGGUUUCGGGCUCAGUAUCAGUCCUUUCCAGCAGACCAGAAUACCACCCUUGCAUGCUACCCAACCUCCAUGCGUGCAGUUGUGGACAGACGCUAUCUCCAGUCACAGGGCUACUCAGUGAGGAGCAUCAGCUUGCCUGACCCCAACUGUAGACCAACAAUCACAUCAACGAUGGUUAUAUUCAACAUUCAAUACAAUGGCUGUGGCACGCAGAGACAGGCUGACAGCGAAACCAUCACCUACUCCAACGUGAUAAAAGCGUCUGCUCCUGGUUACACCAUCAAAAGGCAGAAGGACCUUCACCUCCAUGUCAGCUGCAAAAUGAUCCAGAACACCUGGGUGCAAGUAGUGUACACAGCCAAUGACAUCACUGAUGUCAGUGAAACCCAGUAUGGCAGAUACGACGUGGACCUGGCAUUCUACAAUUCCUCAUCUUUCCUGUGGCCGGUGCAGAACUUCCCAUACUACGUUGACCCGAAUCAGAAUUUGUUCCUCCAAGCAUCUCUUCACAGCUCUGACCAAAAUCUGAUAGUGUUUGUGGACACCUGUGUGGCAUCACCGGAUCCCAGUGAUUUUAGAACGACGACCUAUGAAUUGAUCAAAAGGGGGUGUGUUAGGGACCCUACCUACUCCUUGCACUCCUCACCGCGCAGCAGUGUCGCUCGGUUUUCGUUCAACGCUUUCUCCUUUGCUGAGCAAUACCCGUCGGUUUACCUGCAGUGCGAGCUGGUGGUGUGCAGGCAGAGAGACUACUCCUCCCGCUGCUAUCAGGGCUGUGUGAGUAGGCUCAAGAGGAAUUCAGGUUCUUCCCAGGGACGAGUGAAUGUUGUUGUUGGACCUGUGCAGCUUCGGGAAGCUCACGCUGAGAACAGGAACACUGCUCCCUCUAUCCAGCUGGUGAACGGAAAGCACCGAUGUGAAGGUCGCGUUGAGAUCCACUACAGAGGACAGUCGGGGACAGUUUGUGAUGAUUAUUGGGACCUUGCCAAUGCCCAGGUUGUGUGCAGGCAGCUGGGAUGUGGCCGGGCCAUUGCAGCUUUGGGAAGUGCAUACUUUGGGCAAGGCUCCGGCAGCAUCCUGCUGGACAACGUGAGGUGCAAUGGGAAUGAGAUGUCCCUGUGGCGUUGCAAUCACUCGGGAUGGAGGAUACACAACUGUGCCCACUACGAAGAUGCUGGUGUUGUCUGUUCAGAAGAGGCUGAUGCAGCAUCAACAGCCACCGUGGCACCAGCAACACCAACACUGGAGGCAGUGUUCGAGUUGCCUCUAGUUAUUGAAACUACAGCAUUCCCAGAAACAACGGAAUUUCUAACAGAGACAACAACCUCAGCAUCAACAGAGAUGACGACAUCUCGAGGGGAGACAACCAUGUCAGCAUUAAUAGCCAGCACAGUGGAGACACCAUCAUCAGGGCCACCAACCAGCAUGGUGCCACUGACCACCAGUGCAGAGCUGUCAUUCUCAGAGAUGACCACCACAGUGCCAAUAACAACCCUAGAGACGACAACCCUAGAGACAUCAACCCUACAGACACCAACCCUAGAGACAUCAACCCUAGAGACAUCAACCACCAAACCACUAAUGACCUCUCUGGAAGACAUGUUCCCUUCACCAGAGAUGACCACCACAGUGACAUCUAGUUCCUCACCACUGAUGUUCACCCAGCUUGAUACAACCACCACAGCAACAUUGGCCACCGCAGCUGAGGAGACCAGAGCAGGUAACCCUGUCCACUGUCACUCACUGUUCUCUUUAGUGUGCCUGAACUUCCUUCACAGGCCUGAUUGUACUGCAGGAAGAUUCCCAGAAUGGCAGGACAGAGCUCCUCCAGCUCUGCUUGUCAUGUCCAGUGCCAUGUCCAUUGUCAUUGAACUAAUGACCUCCCUAACAGAGACAUCCAGUGCACCGGAGACAACCACCACAGCCCUACCAACCAGCACAACCCCACCACCCUCCACAGCCCCACCACCGUCCACAGCCCUACCAACCUCCAUAGCCCUACCAACCUCCAUAGCCCUACCAACCUCCACAGCCCUACCAACCUCCACAGCCCUACCAACCUCCACAGCCCUACCAACCUCCAUAGCCCUACCAACCUCCACAGCCCUACCAACCUCCACAGCCCUACCAACCUCCACAGCCCUACCAACCUCCAUAGCCCUACCAACCUCCAUAGCCCUACCACUCUUCACAGCAGAGGUGUCCACCUCAACAGAGGUGAUCCUCACACUGAGAACAGCUACCACAGCAGAAGAGAGCACAGCAGGUGCCAGGCUGCGCCUGCGGGGCGGCAGGAACGGCUGCGAGGGCCGCGUGGAGCUGUACGACGGCAGCACGUGGGGCACGGUGUGUGAUGACCAGUGGGACCUGCGGGAUGCCCAGGUGGUGUGUCGGCAGCUGGGCUGUGGGGAGGCCCUGGGUGCCCCACGCACUGCCCACUUUGGCCUGGGCUCCGGCCGCAUCUUCCUGGACGACGUGCAGUGCCGUGGGGACGAGCCCUCCCUGCAGAUGUGCAGGCACAACGGCUGGGGAGUGCACAACUGUGGGCACGUGGAGGAUGCCAGUGUUGUCUGUGCAGUCACCCGUCCAACCCCUCCUGCUCAAUGGCCACAAACAACAGGUGCCAGGCUGCGCCUGCGGGGCGGCAGGAACGGCUGCGAGGGCCGCGUGGAGCUGUACGACGGCAGCACGUGGGGCACGGUGUGUGAUGACCAGUGGGACCUGCGGGAUGCCCAGGUGGUGUGUCGGCAGCUGGGCUGUGGGGAGGCCCUGGGUGCCCCACGCACUGCCCACUUUGGCCUGGGCUCCGGCCGCAUCUUCCUGGACGACGUGCAGUGCCGUGGGGACGAGCCCUCCCUGCAGAUGUGCAGGCACAACGGCUGGGGAGUGCACAACUGUGGGCACGUGGAGGAUGCCAGUGUCAUCUGUGCAGAGAUGUCCACCCCACUGGACAUGAGCACCACAGAGCCAUCCACAGCCAGAGAAGAUGUGUCCACCCCAGCACAGGUGACCACCACAGUGACAAUGCCUGCCAGAGCAGAGGAGAGCACACCAGGUGCCAGGCUGCGCCUGCGGGGCGGCAGGAACGGCUGCGAGGGCCGCGUGGAGCUGUACGACGGCAGCACGUGGGGCACGGUGUGUGAUGACCAGUGGGACCUGCGGGAUGCCCAGGUGGUGUGUCGGCAGCUGGGCUGUGGGGAGGCCCUGGGUGCCCCACGCACUGCCCACUUUGGCCCGGGCUCCGGCCGCAUCUUCCUGGACGACGUGCAGUGCCGUGGGGACGAGCCCUCCCUGCAGAUGUGCAGGCACAGAGGCUGGGGAGUGCACAACUGUGGGCACGUGGAGGAUGCCAGUGUCGUCUGUGCAGCCACCCGUCCAACCCCUCCUGCUCAAUGGCCACAACACACAACAGGUGCCAGGCUGCGCCUGCGGGGCGGCAGGAACGGCUGCGAGGGCCGCGUGGAGCUGUACGACGGCAGCACGUGGGGCACGGUGUGUGAUGACCAGUGGGACCUGCGGGAUGCCCAGGUGGUGUGUCGGCAGCUGGGCUGUGGGGAGGCCCUGGGUGCCCCACGCACUGCCCACUUUGGCCUGGGCUCCGGCCGCAUCUUCCUGGACGACGUGCAGUGCCGUGGGGACGAGCCCUCCCUGCAGAUGUGCAGGCACAACGGCUGGGGAGUGCACAACUGUGGGCACGUGGAGGAUGCCAGUGUCAUCUGUGCAGAGAUGUCCACCCCACUGGACAUGAGCACCACAGAGCCAUCCACAGCCAGAGCAGACGUGUCCACCCCAGCACAGGUGACCACCACAGUGACAAUGCCUGCCAGAGCAGAGGAGAGCACACCAGGUGCCAGGCUGCGCCUGCGGGGCGGCAGGAACGGCUGCGAGGGCCGCGUGGAGCUGUACGACGGCAGCACGUGGGGCACAGUGUGUGAUGACCAGUGGGACCUGCGGGAUGCCCAGGUGGUGUGUCGGCAGCUGGGCUGUGGGGAGGCCCUGGCUGCCCCACGCACUGCCCACUUUGGCCCGGGCUCCGGCCGCAUCUUCCUGGACGACGUGCAGUGCCGUGGGGACGAGCCCUCCCUGCAGAUGUGCAGGCACAACGGCUGGGGAGUGCACAACUGUGGGCACGUGGAGGAUGCCAGUGUCGUCUGUGCAGUCACCCGUCCAACCCCUCCUGUUCAAUGGCCACAAACAACAGGUGCCAGGCUGCGCCUGCGGGGCGGCAGGAACGGCUGCGAGGGCCGCGUGGAGCUGUACGACGGCAGCACGUGGGGCACGGUGUGUGAUGACCAGUGGGACCUGCGGGAUGCCCAGGUGGUGUGUCGGCAGCUGGGCUGUGGGGAGGCCCUGGGUGCCCCACGCACUGCCCACUUUGGCCUGGGCUCCGGCCGCAUCUUCCUGGACGACGUGCAGUGCCGUGGGGACGAGCCCUCCCUGCAGAUGUGCAGGCACAACGGCUGGGGAGUGCACAACUGUGGGCACGUGGAGGAUGCCAGUGUCAUCUGUGCAGAGAUGUCCACCCCACUGGACAUGAGCACCACAGAGCCAUCCACAGCCAGAGCAGACGUGUCCACCCCAGCACAGGUGACCACCACAGUGACAAUGCCUGCCAGAGCAGAGGAGAGCACACCAGGUGCCAGGCUGCGCCUGCGGGGCGGCAGGAACGGCUGCGAGGGCCGCGUGGAGCUGUACGACGGCAGCACGUGGGGCACGGUGUGUGAUGACCAGUGGGACCUGCGGGAUGCCCAGGUGGUGUGUCGGCAGCUGGGCUGUGGGGAGGCCCUGGCUGCCCUGGAAACUGCCCACUUUGGCCUGGGCUCCGGCCGCAUCUUCCUGGACGACGUGCAGUGCCGUGGGGACGAGCCCUCCCUGCAGAUGUGCAGGCACAACGGCUGGGGAGUGCACAACUGUGGGCACGUGGAGGAUGCCAGUGUCAUCUGUGCAGUCACCCGUCCAACCCCUCCUGCUCAAUGGCCACAUACAACAGGUGCCAGGCUGCGCCUGCGGGGCGGCAGGAACGGCUGCGAGGGCCGCGUGGAGCUGUACGACGGCAGCACGUGGGGCACGGUGUGUGAUGACCAGUGGGACCUGCGGGAUGCCCAGGUGGUGUGUCGGCAGCUGGGCUGUGGGGAGGCCCUGGGUGCCCCACGCACUGCCCACUUUGGCCCGGGCUCCGGCCGCAUCUUCCUGGACGACGUGCAGUGCCGUGGGGACGAGCCCUCCCUGCAGAUGUGCAGGCACAACGGCUGGGGAGUGCACAACUGUGGGCACGUGGAGGAUGCCAGUGUCAUCUGUGCAGCUCCUGCAGCCACCACGCCACCUCCAUCAGCACCUUCUUUUUGUGGUGGCUCAAUCUCAGAUUCCUCUGGGGUGCUGCAGAGUCCCCACUACCCUGGAAGUUAUCCAAACAACGCUGACUGCGAGUGGCAAAUACAAGUCGAGAGCAAUUUCCGUGUUACACUCACAUUUAGAGAUAUUGAGAUGCAAAGCAGCUCAUGCCAGCAUGACUACAUUGAAGUCUAUGAUGGGCCUCGACACUCUUCCCCACUUCUUGGGAGACUUUGCUCUGGUUCCUUCCCCACAUACGUGUCCUCUUCGAACAUGAUGACCGUUCGCUUUCACAGUGAUUCUAGAUACUCCUUCAGAGGCUUUCAGGCUCACUACUCCUCCAUCCCAGCAGAUCACAACACCACCCUUCUGUGCCUGCCAGACUACAUGCACGCAGUGGUGAGCAGGGACUACCUCCAGUCCCAAGGCUACUCAGCCCAGAUGGUCACCCUGAAUGACAAUCACUGCAGACCAACCAUCACCCCACAGGAGGUUGUGUUCAACAUUCCCUACGACGGCUGCGGGACAACACGAGAGGAGAACAACGACACAAUCAACUAUUCCAACACGAUCAAAAUUGCAUCUUCUGGGUACAUAAUCAAGAGGAAAAAGAACAUCAACUUGCAUAUCAGUUGCAAAAUGCUGCAGAAGACGUGGAUGCAAGUAAUGUACACUGCUGAGGACACUGUGGAUGUGAAUGAGUAUCAGUUUGGAAGAUAUGACAUGAACAUCACCUUUUAUGAUUCCUCGGCGUUCUCGCGGCAAGUGCGCAGCUCCCCGUACUUCAUCGACUUGAACCAGAAUUUGUACCUUCAAGCUUGUCUUCACAGCUCAGACCCAAAUCUGAAGGUGUUUGUGGACACGUGUGUGGCAUCGCCUGAUCCUCGUGACUUUCACACUCUGGCCUAUGACAUAGUCAGGGACGGGUGUCCCAGAGAUUCUUCCUAUGCCACGUUCUACUCCCCUUCCAGCCACUUUGCUCGGUUCAAAUUCAAUGCCUUUGAGUUCAUCAGCCGCCACCCCUCGGUGUACCUGAAGUGUGAGCUGAUGGUCUGCAGGCUCGGGGACUAUUCCUCCCACUGCUACCGGGGCUGCACCAGGAGAUCCAAGAGAGACACCAGUUCUGUCGAGGAAAAAGUGGACGUGGUCGUCGGGCCAAUUCGGCUCCGAGAAGGGGCUGCUCAGAGUGGGAAUACUACUAAAGCCAAAUAAAUUUCUCUCACGUUUGCUGUAAGGUGA